AGGAAUAGGCUCUUCACAUACCACUAUGAAGCUAUUACCAGCUUGUAUUUAAGCCUGCAUAGAAACAACAAGAAAGUGCCGACAUGCAAGCUAAAUUGCGAAGAAUAGUUCACCAGUUAUCAUGAACAUACAUAUGUGGUUAUUGCAUUUGGACCAGAUGCGUGUUGUGGGUAUUUCAGUCCCACAGUGAAAAGUAUUGUAGUGUUGUCUUUAACUAUAAUAACCACCUCCUGCACUAGUUAGUCUUCCAUUUUGAAAAUGUAUUUUUUGCGUUUGCAACAGGAGAAGAGAGCCUAUUUUAGAGAAAUCUCAUCAGUAAAUGCAAGAGAUGAUUUCAGUAGCACACAUUCAUAGUGGGUUCAGUAGGGCACUGGAUGGAAGAAGUGAUAAAAAUUUGAAGGGGGCAGAGAGGGACAUUAAUUCUAUAUUUCUUUUGAAUAUAUUCUGGAAUCAUAGAAGUUUGAGACUAGAAAAACCUAUUAGAUAAUUCAGUCUAUUUUCCCGUGUUCCCAUGCAGUGUCUUUUAGUGUUUUAGCCAGUUUUAAAAGUCCUACGGCUUCUAUGACCUCCAUUACACCUCCAGUGCAAACUGUUCCACAGGCUACAUCUCACUGUCAGGAGGUUUUUCCUGAUAUUCAUCCUAAAAUUUUUUUUUACUUGCACUGCAUUACUCCUCGUGACAGCACUGUGUUCCACUCUACAUAAUUCUUCUCCGUCCUAAGUGAUUUUAGCCUUCCAGUAGUGCUAUAGCACAUUACCAUGUCCCUUCAUUAGUCAUCUUUUAGCCAAGCUUAUACAUCCUUAGCUCUUUCUGUCUUGCAUCUUAAAUCAGUCCUUCAUCCCCCUGAGAUUUUUUGUUACACUUUAAAUUUUUUCCAUUUGCCUGUAUUUAGGCUGGUAAGUCUGAUCAGAACUGAAUAUAGUACUCCAGUUGUGGUCACUUCAGAGCCAUAUAGAAAAAGACUAAUACUGCCCUGAUUAGUGAAAUGCCUUUGCAUUUGCAACCCAAAACAGCGUUGGCUUUUUUUUUUUUUUUUUUGGAAACCAUGUCAUUUGUAAACUUCCAUCUAAUUUCCCAGCUAUGUGACCACUGGGCUUCUCUCAGUCUUUUUCCUCUGAUGUAGCGUAUGUGUUUUCAGAUUCUGUUUCCCCUGAGCGUUAUCUUGCACUUUGCCCGAUGCUUUUUUCUUGUCCUGCGGCUCUACCUCUCGUGCACCAGAAGCUUGUCUCCAAUGUUUGGACUUUUUCUUUCCAUCUGGGUACCUCAAGAGUGAUGACUGUGAAAGCUGCUGCCCAGUCAGUGCUACCGGUCAACACUCAGCUCAUGUUGAGAACUGGGCACUAACUGGCUAGAAGAGGAGGAGGAUAGUGGUAGUAUCAUGCGCCUUUUUAGCCCACCAAAAAGGAAGACAUGUGGCACUUACCUCUGCACAUACAGAGUGAAGUGCUGUUUAAACCUUCUCGAAUUGUCUUUUACAUUUCCAGAGAGCUUCAACUCUGCUGGGGCUUUGAACUUCUUCAUUCUUCCACUCAGGGUAUUUUCUUAGUUCAUUUUGCUCCUGGUACUGUGUAGGGGUGAUUGCUCAGUGCAUACAGUGCUUGCAAUAGCUGGUUCCGAUGCACUCAAAGUGUAUAAUAGAUUUCAGUUAACUCAGGCUGAGGAGGCCAGCCAUGAAACUGUAAAAAGAAAAGGCGUACUCGUGGUACCUUAGAGACUAACGUUAGUCUCUAAGGUGCCACAAGUACUCCUUUUCUUUUUGCAGAUACAGACUAACACAGCUGCUACUCUGAAACAUGAAACUAUAGUACAGACAUUUGAAGAGUACCGCACUCCACAUAAAAAUGAAACCUCUAAGAGAGAUGUUUUUAAACGGAGUGCAAAAAGAAGACGAAACCAAAGAAGAGUUUGUGACUGAUCUAAGACUGAAGAGCCAAUCUUGAAAUUUUGGGGGUCUGAGUUCCUGAGAAGAGACCAAAGUAUGAUUGAGAUUUGAAACACAAACUUCAGAGACAGGGAGAGUCGAGUUAAUCCUUGACAAAGCAAUAAGCAUUUGCCAAGAAAAUGAAAUCCUCCAGUUCAGAGUGAAGCUUACUGGAGGUGGAGGUGGACAUGACAAAAAAUCCAAAACAAGAAAAGAGAACUAAGGAAGAAAAGCAUGCAACGUGGGUCUCUGCCCCUGCUGCUGACCCUUUGUUCAAAAGAAAACCGAAAACAAGAAUGCCUGCACUGUUGGAAACUGGUAUCAGAGCCACUGGGGACUUGCAGACGGUAAAGGGACAGAUAAAGGAAAACAAAAACUCAGUGUGAUUUGGGGACCUGGGAGCUGCCGUCACUUCAUGAACAUGACACAGUGCAUCUCUCUGAUGGGAAACAGUGGUUGAAAAUGGAAGUGGUGUCACAAGAGGUUGCCGUCUGUCACCCCAGAUGGACAUGAGCUACAGAGGAAUGACCCCAGAAGGGAGGGAGAUAAGUGGCGUGGAGUCUGCCGUUUUGCCCAGGAGCGUCUCAGGCAGGCACCAAGAACAAGUUAAGAAGAAGUGGAUUUACUGCCUCCAGAAAGCAGGAGUGCUGCUGUUCUAGCUUGUUGCUGUAUGCAUAUGACAGAACUUCAUGAAAAAAGAGCUUCCCUCUUUCCCCUGUAUAAUCAGUUUCAAGUAUGAACAAAAUGUGAUCAGCUGGGAAUUUAAGCAGACUAAACAACUUGACCCAGAAAAAUAGUUUAUAUAUAUAAACAGUGGUUUAUAGAACAGAAGACUUUCAACUCAGGGGGACCUAUAUAAAAAAUACUUUAUGUGAGCUGAGAUGCUCCAUUCUCAAAAGAGUAAACUAAGACAAAAAUUACCCAACUCCUAAUCCAAAAAUAAUAGGGCAUAGAUUUAAAUGGAAGGCCUGGGAAUAGAAAAGUACUGAAACUACUAUUCCUGUUAGUGCUGCAGUCACUGAUUGUGAAAGAAAAAUUUGCACAAAAGCAUUGCGUCAGUGGUUGCACCAAUGAGAGCUGACCGAGCAAAAGAAAAGAGACCUACUGCUGAAUUGCAGCAUACAGAGAAGAUACUUCAAGAAUAAACAGUAACUUCUGUAUCCGUUUUCUAGCACAAAAAUAAAUGUGGCAGAGGUUUGACUACAAAGGAUGGUAUAGUGCAGAGUAGCUAGCUGUACAGUGGGAAUAUUGAACAAUCCUACUCAUUCCAAAAUCAGUGAAUUUGUAGAGUGAGUGCAAGAGUUAAGGAACAUUUGGAAAUUGUUAGCGUGAAGCUUUGACUAAGCAGGACAGAUCAAAGUAUUUGCCAGCCUGAGAGCUGGCAUAGCAUCAGACCUGCGUCCUUCCAUUGUUUAUCAGCCAAAAGAUUUCCAACUUCUGUUGACAUGUUGCAGAUGAGAAGACACCAUGGAUCCUAAUGCAUGAGACCAACACAAAACACUGGCACCAGAGCUGUAAGCCUCAGUAAGAAAGGAUGUUGAACCAAAGAAAACCAAACACAAUGACUAAGCAGAUCUGGCGAGUAUGGAUCUUCUACAUGGUCAUAACUGCAAAUCGCUCUGAAGAAAAAGCCAUGACGCAGGUGUGUCCUUCAUGUGACGGCACUCAUUUCUGUGACUGUUCUUCAAUGGAUCUAAGCACCAUUCCUUCAGGGCUAACAACUGAUAUCACGGGGCUAAAUCUCUCCUACAACAGCAUAGAACAUGUCAGAGAAACUGAUCUGAAGCUGGGUGUGAAUCUGAGAGUGCUGCUGCUGGAAUCCAAUCAAAUUAGGACAAUAGAUAAGGAAUCAUUUAUUUUCCUUGGAAAAUUGGAGCAUUUGGAUUUAUCAAAUAAUAAGUUGACUCACUUGUCACCCAUUUGGUUUAGACAUCUUUUUUCCUUACAGCACCUAAACAUACGGAGUAAUUUAUAUACAACAUUAGGGGAGAAUCCCUUGUUUUCUAAUCUCAAAAAUUUGAGAUAUCUGCGCCUGGGGAAUAACCAAUCCUUUUCUGCUAUACGGAAGCAAGACUUCGAUGGAAUUACAGUUCUUGAGCAACUUGAGAUUGACGGUCAAAGGCUCAAGCAAUACGAGUCAGGGAGUUUGACAACAGUUAACAGCAUAAAUCAUGCCAUCAUGAACAUAAAUGAUGUUCAGGUGUUAUCAGGAAUGUUAGAGGAUCUUACAAAUUCUGCAAUAUGUGUAGAACUGAGACAUAUAGCCUUCAAUACAGCUUCUGAAUCUUCAUUACUGGAGCCAAUGAGUCGUUCUGUCAUGGAGAAACUUGUGUUUAAAAAUGUUUUGUUUACAGAUGCAAGUGUUAUCAGAGUUGUAAACAUCUUGAGGCAUGCUAAACAAUUUUUGGAGCUGGAAGUGGACAAUUCUGUACUACAGGGGACUGGCCAAUGGCAUGAGCAAAUUAAAGUAAACAGAGAAAGCGCCUUUAAGGUAAUCACAGUACAGAGAUUAGCUAUCGAACAAUUUUAUUUGUUUUCAGAUCUUCGUGGUGUGGAAAAUCUUCUAGGUAACAUUACCAAAGCCACAAUUGUAAAUACCAAUGUGUUCUUGGUGCCUUGCAGCAUUUCAAAACAUUUUGUCUCACUCCUUUAUCUUGAUCUCAGUGAAAAUUUGCUUGCAGAUCCAAAUUUAGGACAUUCAUCCUGUGAGGGUGCAUGGCCCUUGCUGCAAACUUUCAAUUUAAGUCAAAAUUCACUGGGUGAUUUAGAAAUGACAGGGCGAAGCCUAUCUCAUCUAAAUCACCUUACUCACCUAGAUAUUAGCCGAAACAAUUUUGGUGAGAUUCCAGAAUCGUGUCAAUGGCCAGAAAACCUGAAAUAUUUAAAUAUCUCAGGCACUCAAAUACCCAAAGUAACAACCUGCAUUCCUCAAACUCUUGAAGUUUUGGAUGUUAGUAGUAAUAACCUCAAUGAUUUUAGAUUAAAGCUACCACAUCUUAAAGAACUCUACAUUGCAAAAAACAAAUUAAAGACCUUGCCAGAUGCUCCAUUUAUUCCUAACGUAGUAGCCCUGAGAAUCAGCAGAAACAAAUUAACCAGUUUUUCUAAGGAAGAAUUUGGAUCAUUUAGCAAAAUGAAAACACUGGAUGCAGGUGACAAUAAUUUCAUCUGUUCUUGUGAAUUUCUCUCCUUCAUUCAAUACCAGGAGGGAAUAGCUAACUGGCCAGAAAACUACAUCUGUGACUCUCCAUCUUCUGUGAGAGGACAGCAGGUAAAAGCUGCUCAGCUUUCGCUGUUUGAAUGUCACAGAACUUUGGUCGUGUCCUUAAUUUGCAUUCUGGUGGUCUUGGUAAUCCUGCUUAUUGUGAUCCUGGGCUACAAACUUCAUGUGAUCUGGUACAUGAAAAUGACCUGGGCUUGGCUUCAAGCAAAAAGGAAACCCAAGAAAGCAUACAAUCAGGACUUCUGCUAUGAUGCUUUUGUUUCCUACAGUGAAAGAGACUCAGAAUGGGUUGAAAACUUAAUGGUACAGGAACUUGAGAACGCUAUCCCCCCAUUUAAACUGUGCCUUCAUAAACGGGACUUUGUGCCUGGGAAGUGGAUCAUUGACAACAUCAUUGACUCCAUUGAAAAAAGUCAUAAAACUCUGUUUGUGCUGUCAGAGCACUUUGUGCAGAGCGAGUGGUGCAAGUAUGAGCUGGAGUUCUCGCACUUCCGCCUCUUUGAUGAGAAUAAUGAUUCAGCAAUUUUGAUCCUUUUGGAGCCCAUUCAGGAGCAAACAAUUCCCAAAAGAUUCUGUAAACUGAGGAAAAUAAUGAACACAAAGACCUACCUUGAAUGGCCUCUUGACGAAAAUCAGCAGCAAAUAUUUUGGAAUAACUUGAAAACAGCAUUAAAAUCCUAUGAUGACUUUUAAGGCUGAACCAGUAACUCAGCCACACUACGUUUCCAAGCAGAACAUUUGCUAAGCCUUUUUCCUGUUAAGAAAUAUUUUGUUAUGCUGAGUUUUAUGUCAGCGUUGUGGAGGCUUGACUGGACUGCACACUAAACUAAUUAUAGCUUUGUUAAAUGAAGGAUACCAACUGAGAACAUCCAACUGUUUUAGACAUUAUUUGGUCUUCUGACCUUUUUGUUAAUAAGUACCCAAGCAUCCCUGUCUGUAAAAAUGCUUUUGGGAAGAGAUUCUACUGAAUCUGGUAUGCUUUUGUAGUCUCUUAACCAUUCCAAAACAAAUGCAGUUAGAGCGCUCUCUCUCUUUCUUUCUCAUAAAAAAGAGAGCCAACAUGCUGAAACAUACCACAGGAUCCAUUGAUUACAUAGUCUUGUUUGUUUUAGAUACCAUCACACUAUUUAGAGUCAUUCAACAAAAAUGCAGUGGAAAAGUAGAAAUUGCCCAGUUAGAUAAAAAUAAGAUCUCUGAAGCCAGAUCUUCCCACAGGUAAUACCUUUCAAAGAGAAUAGACUAAAUAUGUAACUCCAGGGGAAUCAGUGGAUUUAUACCAGGAUUGUUUGUGGCCCAGCAAUUUAAGAAUGAAGCAGCUUGACAAAUAUGUCAGAUACUUGGUGUGAGAACUUUGAGAUGUGUCCAAUCUCAAAAGUCACAGGAUUGCUAUGUGUACAUUUUAAUGGUCUAUGUACUUUAUAAUUUCUAUGUGUUUAUUACUUAUGUUGUUGUAGGCACUAUAAAAACACUGAAGUCACAA